AUGAGAGCAAAUUCAACUCAAAUAUCAAAUAGAAUUUUCAAAUCUCAAAGAUUUAUGAUAUUAAUAAUAUUAACAAUAUUCAUAGUAUUAUUAAUUAUAACAGGUAUAUCAGGACAUCAUCAAAAAAUUUUAAAUAAUGUUACAAAAUUUUCAACAAAAGCAAGUGAUAAAUUAAAUAAUUAUUAUGAUUUAAAUGAUAAUAAUAAAAAUUUAAAAGUUUUAAAUAAUGAAGAUUUAUCAAUGGAAGAAAAUUCUGAAUUUCAAGAAGAAGAAGAUAAAUUAAAAGAAAUUGAAGAAUCUAAUAAAGAAAAAGGAAAAGAGAAUGAGAAAUCAAAGGGGAAAUUAAAUGAAAUUGAUCCAAAAGUUAAAGAAAUGGGGGCCCAUUAA